AAGUAUAGGUCGAUUAUCGAAGCUGAAUCUUCAACUUUUCUUCUACACAAAUAAAUUUAACUCCGUCAAACGUCAAUGCCUUUAUAUUAUUUCUUCUCUUUUUAAUUGGCUCAUGAAUGUUAGCAUGAUUACUCAAACAAUUUUAGCAUCUUACGAAAAUGUUUAAUAUUGUAUAGGGUAUACACUUGAAAUUGUAAGAGGCGCUGACAAUCGCACCUGAGAAUGGCCUACGUGACAAAUAUCACGUUCUUGUGGCAUAUGUAUGAUCCUUUUAAAGAGAAAGAAACCACCACACCUGCUUGGAUAUUGGUAAAAGCAUAUCUCGUGUGGUUAUAUGCAAGAAAAUAUACAUUAUUACACUUAAAAAAAAAAAAAAGAAGAAAAAAGAAGGAAAACAAAAACAAGAGAGUUGCAAUAAGAUUAUAAUAACUAUAAAGUUGCUUGUAAAGAAAUUUUUAAUAUUUUCGAUAAAAAGUAAUGCAUUUUUUUGAAACAAAGAUCAAAAGAAAAUCGUUAUUGGACUAUUGUAUGUGCGCAAAAAAAGAAGAAGGACGAUUGAAUGGAAGGAAAACAAAAAGGUGCCUAAUUCGGUAUGUCUCGACGACGAUAGUCGACACGGCAAGUCUGGUGUUAAGUAUAUGACCGAGCAGAAGUUCAACGGUUCGAUUCGGCGCAUGCGCCGACUACAGAAGAAGCUCACGUAGUAGUGACGAAACAGAAGGAGGAAAAAAGGAUAGAGAGAGAGAGAGAGAGAGAGAGAGAGAGAGAGGAUUCGAGCGCGCAUACGGCGUGAUACGGUACGACACGGUGCGGCGCGACGACGACAACGCACGACGCGUUGUAUGUAUAUACAAGAGGAAGAAGAGACACGACGCCAUGUUUUGAUGUCGUCAUGCCCCUUCCCCCCCCCCCCGCCUGCCCCUUUCUUAAAGCUCUGCCUCUUGCAUGGUUGUAUGAUAGUCGGCGGUCGUGUCAGUGUUUUUUAUCGUUUACUCAGCAUAAGUGUGUGCUGCUAACAUUUUUUCUUCUCAUUUUUAUCCAUCUAUCUCUGUCUCUUUAUCAUUCUCUCUUUUCUCCUCAUUCUCUUUCUUGGUGCCUCUUCGUGAUCGAUCGUCAAGGACAUAAGAUUGCAUAGAACGUGUGCGCGACUAACCGUCGACAUUCAUCCUCGUGGCUUUUCCGCACUCGUUGUCUCGUGCUAUUAGUGCUGCCGAGUGGUGCUACUUUUGCUAGAGGCGGUAGUGGUGGGUAAUGUGUGACGUUUUAUGAUGUAGUGGUGGUGGGCUUUGAUGGUGAGAGAUGGUGGUGGUAGUGGUAGUGGUGCUGCUACUGCUGCUGCUGCUGCUGCUGUUGCUGCUGCUGCCCCUAUAGCAACUGCUGUUGCUAGUGCUGUUGAUGAGUGUUUGUGUGGAGGCGCCCGUGUCUCCUCCGUAUCCCUUUUCAUGUCCUCCGGGGUAGUAGCACCAGCAGAGAGGGGGGGGUUUGCGAGCGUCGUCUACGUGGUGCUGGUGUCCUAGUGCGGGAACAAGCCAAUAUAUCCCCUUCUUCAAGGGGAUAACGGCCAACGGCGGCCGUUCUCAUUGUUGUUGCGAUUACGUCACGCGAACGUGAGCCUCACUUUUUUUCCCUGAGGUUUCCACCGUCGUUGCCACCGUAGCCGUCGCCGUUGCGUUUUCUUUGCCUGAGGAAGGAAGUAGGAAGUAGAGGUGGAGGAAGGGAAUAAAGAGGGAGGAGGUGGGGGAGGAGGCGGCGGAGGAGGGAGAGGAAGAGGAAGAGGAGGACGAAGACGACCAAGAAGACGACAUCGACGACGGUGACGCGAACGACAAGAGGAACGAGGAGGAGGACGAGGAAGAAGAGGAAGACGGGUCGUCGCGUAAAAUGGAGCUGCGCCUGCACUCACCAGCCGGAGCAGAACCGAUCGUUUAUCAGUGGCCCCUCACCUCCGGAUCAGGAUCCGAUCGCCAUGAUGGAGCAUUAGACGUUGUAGAAACAAUGAGAUGGGUUUGCGAAGAUUUACCUGACUUAAAAUUACCAUUAGAAAAUAAUAUUCUUUGCGAUUAUGAUACAAGAGAUUAUGAAAGUAUGAAAAAUUUGUGUGAUAGAUUUAACAGAGCUAUUGACAGCUUGGUACAACUGGAAAAAGGCACCAGUUUACCAUCGCAAAGAUUAAAUAAACGUCCAAGUAGAGGCUUACUUCGGCACAUACUUCAACAAACAUAUAAUCAAGCAGUGGUUGAGCCUGACAAAUUAAAUCAAUAUGAACCCUUUUCACCGGAGGUUUAUGGAGAAACAAGCUACGAAUUAGUAUGUCAAAUGAUCGAUCAGAUUGAUGUGACAGAAGAUGAUGUUUUUGUCGAUUUAGGAUCUGGAGUUGGUCAAGUAGUUCUUCAAAUGGCAGCAGCAACUUUAUGUAAGAUUUGUAUUGGUGUUGAGAGGGCUGAUGUACCUUCGAAAUAUGCACAGAGUAUGGAAAUAAAUUUUCGAAAAUGGUUAAAUUGGUAUGGAAAAAGAUGUGGAGAAUAUCGUUUGGUAAAAGGUGAUUUUCUAGCAGAUGAGCAUCGCGAGAGCAUUACUGGUGCUACAAUUGUAUUUGUUAAUAAUUUUGCUUUUGGGCCAAACGUAGACCAUCAGUUAAAGGAAAGAUUUGCCGAUUUACGAGAUGGCGCUCGGAUAGUAUCCUCAAAGUCGUUUUGCCCCCUAAACUUUCGAAUAACAGAUCGAAAUCUUAGCGAUAUUGGUACCAUAAUGCAUGUAUCUGAAAUGUCACCACUUAAAGGUUCGGUUUCAUGGACUGGCAAGCCAGUGUCCUAUUAUCUCCAUGUAAUUGAUAGAACUAAAUUGGAACGCUAUUUCCAUCGUUUAAAAAAUAAUAAGCAAGGUGGCUUAGAUGAAAACUCUGAUUCUGUGAUAAAUAACACUGCCAGCAAUAGUAAUAAGAUUUCUAAUAGAGGUGAAAGAAGUGACAGGGCCAAAAGAGAUCUUUCCAGACAAUUAGAUAGUCCUAAUCAUUCAGAACAGCAAGGAACAAAUAGCGAUUCUGAUAUGGAUGAAAAUAAUAUAAAAAAUCGUCGACAAUCAACUAAAAUUCGUAGGAAACUAAACAGAAAAAGUGCAAAUGGUAUAUCAAGACCUCCUCCUAGAGGAAGACAAAGAGGAAGAGGUGUGAAAAAGUCUAGACCCAAGAAAGCUAUAAAUAUAUCUGGACUCGAUUUAUUACAUAGUCAAACAUUAUUGAGUACAUCUCCACAAGCUCUUGGGAAGAAACCACCUCCUGCACCGGGUUGCGUGGAUCAACAACUUUCUUCUUUAUCCCUUUCUUUACAAUCUCAUUCCACCUCUGUGCACGAAGAACUCAGUAUACCACCUGCUCCGUCCGCGACUCCGUAUGCUCUACAAAUACUUUUGGAUUUAUAUAGGGACCAAUUCAUGCUUAUGCUAGAAUCUAUGAGAACACCUACCUACAGAGUAUCUGUUAAUACAGAUAUUGUAAAGGAGAGGGAAAGAAAUUCUAAGCUACAAUCAAGAGCAGCACAGUUGGAAAAACAAAUAAAAGUAUUGAUUGAUGAUAGUGUAGCACUUUUAAAAGCCAGGAUGACUGAAUUAGGCAUAAAUGCUACUUCCCCUGGAGACCUUUUAGCAAAAGCUAAAGAAAUAGUACUUAGACACAAGCAAUUGCAAGCUAAAGCGAGUAAGCUACAAGCUCAAGUAGCAUCUAUGGAAUCGGAACAAACGAGAUUAACGGCGCUUAGACACCAAGAAUUACAAGAAAAAUACAAUGGUCACGCAAAUGGAGUAUCUAAUGCGCCACAACCACUUACUCAAGAUUAUAUAUUGAAAGAAAUAUCUGCUACAUUAUCGCAACGCAAGAGAUUGCAUUCACAGGUAUCUAAAUUGGAGCAUGAAUUGAAUGUAUUAGAAAGAGCUAGUAAUGAAAAGCAAGUGGCUGCUAUUGCUCAGCAACAAAGAGAUGCAAUUAAUAAUAAACAUUCUCAAAGUCAGCAUCAUCAGCAAAAUGGAAAAAACGGGUCAACACGGAAAAAUAGAGAAGGACGUUCAAAAUCUUCUGAGUGGCCUGAUGUCCCAGACAUGGGCAAGAUACAAGAAAAUAAUCCUGAAAUUUUAGCACAGAAAAUUUUAGAAACUGGGAGACAAAUAGAAGCUGGUCGAAUUCCAAAUAGGCAAAAUUCUAAUGUUAAUAAUAAUUCUAGAACUAGACUGCCUCAAGCAUCUCUUAGUUUUUCUACGACGUCGUCAUGCAUUUCAUCAUCACAAUCACUUUCAAGUAACAAAGAAAUGACAAACAGAACACAAGAACCACCUAGGGUAGCUAAUUUUGAGGAUAGAUUAAAAAGUAUCAUUACAAGUGUAUUGAACGAAGAUCAACAAAAUCGUAGUAAACAACAGCAAAUGCAAUUACAAGUGCAAUUACAUCAUUCUGAUACAGAUAAAAAGCGAGGUGUGUUACCGCAAAAUGUUUCUACUCCAGAUUAUACACAGGUUUCUCCUGCAAAGCUUGCACUUCGACGUCAUCUAUCUCAAGAACGUCUCUCUUCGCAUUUAACUCCAUCUGAUAGAUCGGCAAUUGAUUCUAGGCAAUCUGGUCACGAUAAUCGUAUUAUAGCUGGUGGUAGUGGAUUGCUUGGAACUAGAACAAUUGGUGAUCUUGUGAGUGGAGAGAUAGAGAGAACAUUAGAGAUAUCUAAUCAAACGAUAAUAAAUGCAGCAGUUGACAUGAGUGCAAUGAUGAGGCCAGAAACUGUUUAUUCUCCUAUCAGCCGACCAGCUAGUGCAGAAGGUGAUGCUGGCUUAUCAACUCUUGCACAUGUUGCUAGCUAUGCACCUACAUCAGUAACAACUGCUACGUCUACUCCUGCUAGUACUUCCAGAUCAUCUGUAUUAUUUACGCCUGUUACGCAACCACAAAGAUAUACACCUGUGCAAUUACCACGAGCAGACAUUAAACCCUAUCACGAAUCUUAUUUUUCUGACAAUCCUUCGCAAUCGCUUACGCAUUCUCAUUCUCAUUCAUCAUCAUCCAUACAUUCAUCCCAAACAUCUUCAAAUGGUGAACUCUUACCAGUAGAAGGACUGGCCGCAUCUUUACAUGCCCGCAUUUUGAAUAAUCAUAAUGGUACUAAUAAAACUGAUCAAGUGCUGCCCAUUGCCAGAAGAUUUCAGCCAUAUCCUCGAUACGCAAAUAACAGUAAUAGCAACAACAAUACUAGUACAAAUGGUAGUAUGACCACAAUUUGCCAAUCACAACCUGCAGUGUCUGUGAAAACAGAAGCAGUCAUAUCAACAGUAAGCACAAGUGGUGCUCCUUUAAGUCCUCUCGUAGAACCACAUUCCAAUACUUCAACUCCUUUGGUUGAUGAACCCCAAAUGACAACACAAAGACAGCGGAAUGGUAUUGGUGAUGAUGAUGGGGAAGCAGAUUGGCAGGAUCGUAUCAGUUCUGGAUUUGAUCGUUUAGUUGCAUUUGCAUCAACAGAAUUAGACAAGCGAAGAAGAUCCACAGAAGGUGUAAAUACAAGUCCUGAUAGUGGAUUAGGUUCGGAUAGUACUGCAACAGGACCACCGCCUGUUGUUCCUUCUCCUGAUGAAGCAUUAGGACCUCCGCGGACACCUUCACCAACUAGUCCCCGUCCUGCAAAUCCUAAUAAUGGUAGUGCAAGCAGUAAUUCGUCAGUACCUCUCAAAUAUCAGAGACAAGUGGAUCCUGAACGGCAUCAUUUCAAAAAAAAGUUUUUUCACAGAGAUUGGAAUAAUUCUGGAAGUACCAGUAAAUUUCGUCCUAAAGGAAAAGAUUGGGACUGGAAUCAUUCUGGACAGUGGCCUCCAAACGAUGAACAAACUUAAUUAAAUAUUUGCUUAUAAUCAAAUAUUUUAUUGAAGAUGGGACGUUUUAUAAAGUUUGUCUACAAAUAUGGUCAUCUAUGUGCCUGUGAAAACAAAUUUAAUAUUUUCUAGCAUCAUUGACAUUUUUAACUUUUCACCGUUAUGUUGAUUUUCUUGCUACAUUUUUGUCAAUGUCAAUUAUUAGCAAAUUGAUUUAGUUAUAUUAAUUUAAAAUAAUAUACUGCAUAUGUAAAAAUUAUUUAAUUACAAAUUUUACGAAAUUAUUGGGUUUAAUGAUUAGUUAAUUAUUCAAACAUAUUUACUGUUUAUACUGUGUAUAAAAUCGCUGAGUUAAGCAUACAUGUGAAUAUAAAUUGUAAUUUCUACGGAUUUUGUACGAAAACGAAAGAAGUGUAUACUUGAAUAAUGACAAGAAUGUAAACAAUUAUUCUGCUACUACUCAGCGCGCGAUGUAAUGUAUGAACUUUAAUAUUAGACGAAAUUUAUUGUAAAGCUUGGUAAAUAAUUGCCAAACAAACGUGAAAAUGUUAUACCUCAUAAAGGACUGUUGCAUACCUUUAUUAGGUUAUGACAUUACACAGUACCUAUGAGAUUAUGCCUUCUAAAAAUGUAUAGUUCAUAGUCUACAUCUACAAUAUGGCACAAUGUUAUUAUAUAUACAACAUACUAGACAUAAUAGUCAUGUAAAUAAUGUGUCAUAUUUCAUAGAUGUUCGGACAGAUAUGAAUGACAAAAUAAGGCUACCAAAACCUUUGUGUGUUCGUAGCAAGUAAAUGGCUGCAAACUUUAUAAGCAGCUCUAUCUUCCAAUGUCUUUUGGAGGACUUUAUUCAAGUGUUCACUGUUACUCAUAGUGUAAAUGACAACAAAAAAGCAACACACGGUCAUUUCACUCCAAAAUAUAAUUACUUCCUUUUUGGCACAAAUUUACAUACAAAUUUGUAAAAUUGUGCGAAUUAUCCAAAGAGAGACCACUGCGAACAUUAAGAGAUUUUCAUGCUUUCAUUUAAGCAUAAUUAUGAUUUAAAAACAAAAUACAUCAAUUAAUACAACACAUUUGGAAAUGUGAAACUUUGUGUAUAAAAAGAUUCUUAAUUAUUAUCAUGUCAAACAGAAAUGUGUAAAAAUAGCUUUCACUUGAAAAGGAAUAUGUAAAAAAAAAAGAAAAGAAAAGAAAAGAAAAAAAAAUGAAUCGAUUUAUAUGCACGAUUGUAAUUAAUUAUGGAAUUAUUUAAUAAUCCCUAUAUAUUAGUAAAUGUAGUCAAUACAAUGUAGGCACCUGCUACAUUUCGCAUGUUACAUACACUGCCGAAUCUAUUAAUUAAUUUUAUUAUUGAUCAUUAUUAUUUAUUGUUUUUAUUGGAAUAUUUUAAUACUAAGGUUUUUGUAACAAUCAA